UCCUUCCCUUCGAAACCCUAGCGGAUCCGCCUCCAUCUUUCUCCGCUCUCGGUUUUAACUCUCCUCAGAUCUAAAAAAAAUGGCGGGGAAAGGCGAGGGUCCAGCGAUCGGAAUCGAUCUUGGCACGACCUACUCCUGCGUCGGCGUCUGGCAGCACGACCGCGUGGAGAUAAUCGCCAACGAUCAGGGGAACAGGACGACGCCUUCGUACGUGGCGUUUACCGAUUCCGAGAGGCUCAUCGGCGAUGCGGCCAAGAACCAGGUCGCCAUGAACCCAAUCAACACUGUUUUCGAUGCAAAACGUUUGAUUGGAAGGCGUUUCAGUGAUGCCUCUGUCCAGAGUGAUUGCAAGUUGUGGCCUUUCAAGGUCAUUCCUGGCCCCGGAGACAAGCCCAUGAUUGUUGUCCAGUACAAGGGAGAGGAGAAGCAGUUUGCUGCUGAAGAAAUUUCAUCCAUGGUUCUGAUUAAGAUGAGGGAAAUUGCUGAGGCUUACCUUGGUUCUACCAUUAAGAAUGCCGUUGUCACAGUCCCUGCUUACUUCAACGAUUCGCAACGUCAGGCCACCAAGGAUGCUGGUGUCAUUGCAGGCCUUAAUGUCAUGAGGAUUAUCAAUGAGCCGACAGCAGCUGCUAUUGCCUAUGGUCUUGACAAGAAGGCAACCAGCGUCGGUGAGAAGAAUGUCCUCAUCUUUGACCUCGGUGGUGGCACCUUUGAUGUUUCUCUUCUUACCAUUGAGGAAGGUAUUUUUGAGGUCAAGGCUACUGCUGGUGACACCCAUCUUGGAGGAGAGGACUUUGACAACCGCAUGGUGAACCAUUUUGUCCAGGAGUUCAAGAGAAAGAGCAAGAAGGACAUCAUUGGCAACCCCAGGGCUCUUAGGAGGUUGAGAACAUCUUGUGAGAGGGCGAAGAGGACUCUAUCCUCCACCGCCCAGACCACAAUCGAGAUUGAUUCUCUCUAUGAGGGUAUCGACUUCUACUCAACCAUCACCAGGGCCAGAUUCGAGGAGCUGAACAUGGAUCUCUUCAGGAAAUGUAUGGAGCCGGUGGAGAAGUGUUUGAGGGAUGCCAAGAUGGACAAGAGCACCGUUCAUGAUGUCGUUCUUGUUGGAGGCUCUACCAGGAUUCCCAAGGUGCAGCAGUUGCUGCAGGACUUUUUCAAUGGCAAGGAACUCUGCAAGAGCAUUAACCCUGAUGAGGCUGUUGCCUAUGGUGCUGCCGUCCAAGCUGCUAUCCUUAGUGGUGAGGGCAAUGAGAAGGUGCAAGAUUUGUUGCUGUUGGAUGUCACUCCUCUUUCUCUUGGUUUGGAGACUGCCGGGGGAGUGAUGACUGUCUUGAUCCCAAGGAACACCACAAUUCCUACCAAGAAGGAGCAGGUAUUCUCUACCUACUCUGACAACCAGCCAGGUGUCUUGAUCCAGGUGUAUGAGGGUGAGAGGACGAGGACAAGAGACAACAACUUGCUCGGCAAGUUUGAGCUCUCUGGCAUCCCUCCUGCUCCUCGUGGUGUUCCUCAGAUCACUGUCUGCUUCGACAUUGAUGCCAAUGGAAUCCUAAACGUCUCUGCUGAGGACAAGACAACCGGUCAAAAGAACAAGAUCACCAUCACCAACGACAAGGGCAGGCUCAGCAAAGAAGAGAUUGAGAAGAUGGUCCAGGAGGCCGAGAAGUACAAGUCUGAGGACGAGGAGCACAAGAAGAAGGUGGAGGCCAAGAACGCCCUUGAGAACUACUCGUACAACAUGAGGAACACCAUUAAGGACGACAAGAUUGCUUCAAAGUUGGAUGCUGGCGACAAGAAGAAGAUUGAGGAUUCAAUCGACGAGGCGAUCAGCUGGCUCGACAGCAACCAGCUUGCAGAGGCCGAUGAGUUUGAGGACAAGAUGAAGGAGCUUGAGGGCAUCUGCAACCCGAUUAUUGCGAAGAUGUACCAGGGCGCUGGUGCUGAUGUGGGUGCUGGAAUGGAUGAAGAUGGUCCCUCAGCUGGAGGCAGCGGCGCUGGUCCUAAGAUCGAGGAGGUGGAUUAAGUUUCAGUCUUUGCUUUAUUAUCAUGGCACUUUUAGGUCUCUGCUGGUUUCAUCAUUUAAACUCUUGACAACUUAAAUUUUAGGGAUUAUUAUUGAUCAUGUUGCUGCUUAUGGCGAUUUUAUGUUGGCCACGUUAUUUUGAUGUCUGAUUGUUACCACAUUCAGCUAGGUUUGUUUAGCGGGCAUGCUGCGAUAUUUUGAUGCCUUGCUUUAAUUAUCUUCUUCAAGUUA